AUGCCUAGCAUGUGGUUAUCCGAGAAUCAGAAGAUCGGUGUGGUCUUCUGCUCUGCAGGUGGCCUAUUCCUGAUUGGAGGUGUCAUCAUGUUUUUUGACCGAUCAUUGUAUUCCCAGAUCCUCUUCCUGAUCGGCCUCACCCUCAUAAUCGGCGUCCAAAAGACCAUUGUUUUCUUCACUCGUCCCCAGAAACUCAAGGGAACCGUCGCCUUCACCGCCGGGAUCAUCCUUAUUCUUCUCCGCUGGCCACUGACGGGCUUCCUGAUCGAGCUGUACGGCCUGUUUAUCCUCUUCGGCGAUUUUCUGGUCACCAUUGGUCAAUUCGCGGGUAACAUCCCUGUCGUUGGACCGUAUAUCAGGCGUGGCCUUGAGGUCUUGGCCGGUGGUCGCAGCAAUGCUGAGUUGCCUGUAUGA